UGAAACGGCAGUGCCUAUUAAGAUGGUUACCAGAAGAAAUAUCGGAGACUUAGCUAUAAGUUUGAGCCUCAGUCAGACCAAGACUUUUUGAGGAGUUUAUUUUGCACUAAAGUCGGCGACUAGAAGACGUAUCAGAACGGAGUGACGAAUCAGAAAUGGGAAUCUGAAUGUCAGUGGUCUCUAUAAGAUCAAGGAUGUGUGACCCUCUCAGGCUUCAGACUCCUCUGUGAGGUAAUUGGUGUUAAAGGCGAAGAGACUGAUCGGGAACCAUGUUGGGCUAUGAGAUGCAAAUACUGAAUUUCCAUGUGAAACGUUUUCACCGUUUCCCUUGCGUGUUGACAUCACCCGUCCACUACAGCCCCGCCUCCGCACUCCGCUGAUGCUGAUCCCCCCCUUGCAUCAGCACCAUUUCUGGUAUCCUCACAGAGCAUCGAGAGAGAGGGAGGGAGAGAGAGAGAGAGAGAGAGACUACCCAACCCCACCAGAGCGUAGAGGCGUCAGACGGCCGCCAGAGCAUCCCGGUUACGCACCGUUCAGAGGCCCCAUCGUCAGAUCGUCAGCGCCAGAAGCAGCUGAAGAAGAAGUCAACACAGCCGGGCACACGGCCACAGCUACAGUCAGUAAUGGAGAGCCUGCUGGAUAAUCCAAUGAAAGCCGUUCUUUACCUGAAGGAGCUCACCACUAUCGUCCAGAACCAGCAAAGCCUGAUCCAGACGCAGCGCCAACGCAUCGACGAACUCGAGCGAAAGGUGGAGGACCUGAUCGGAGAGAAUCGACUGUUACGGGACCCCCACCACUACGUCCAGCAGCCCGCUCCUCAACAUCACCAUCACCACCACCACCACCCGACUCACCGCAGCGCCAGCCCCCAGGCGCCGGCCCACCUCCAUCAGCACCCGGGGAGCAACAAAGCCGCGGCUCACCUCGGCCAGCAGGCGCAGCAGCAGCAGCAGCAGCAGCCGCCGCCGCCGCCGCAACAGCAGCAGCAGCAGCAGCAGCAGCAGCAACAGCAGCAGCAGAUUCCCGGUCUAUCGGCCCAGCCUCAGCAGCACCCGACACCUCCUGCGCCGUCCUCCCACCACCCGCAGCAGCUGCAGCUCGUCCCCACCUCGCCGCAGUCGCCCAAAACGAGCCAAGCCAGCCCGGACUCCGCCGAAGAGGACAAGAGGAGCCCCUGCUGCAAGUCCCUGGUUCCGCAGACUCCCACCGCGCUCUGCCGCUCAGUUGGACUGGCCAGGAAAGCGGAAAACCAAACAGUGCUACACCAGUUCUGCUGCCCGGCCCCAGAGGCCCCAGAGGGGGAGACAUCGACUGCCUGUGUCCCCAGCGAUGACCUUUCUCCUGACUCGUCUAUGGGGGAGGAAGGGAAGGGAGGAGAGGGGGAGCUGCAGAGUGAGGCCCAAUCACAGCCACAGCCAGAACCACAGCCAGAACCACAGCCCCAGCAACAGCAGCAAGAGACUCAGCCACAGACUCAACCACCAAAGCCACAGGCCCAGUCCGAGCCCCAACCACAGACUCAACCUCAGCCCCAGCCCGAAAGCAAACCUCAGCCAGAACCAGAGCCAGAACCCAAAUCCCAGCCCGUGCCAGAGCCGGAGCCUCAACCAGGGGCCGAGCCAGAGCCAGAGCCAGAGCCAGAGCCAGAGCCAGAGCCAGAGCCAGAGCCAGAGGCCGAGGCCGAGGCCGAGCCUCUGCCCCAAGUGGAGGCUCCGAGUGAGGAAGCAGCACAGGACGCCCCUAAAGCCCCCUCGCCUUGCAGAGAGGAGCAGACAGUGGAGGAGCAAGAGAAUGAAAAGUCGGAAGAAAUUCUGGAGGCAAAGAGAAAGCAAGAGGGAAAGGAGACCGAGCGGCGUGAGGGCGAGGCAGCUCAGGAGGAAGAGGAGGAGGAGGAGGAGGAGGAAGGGGGAGGAGCUAAAGGAGGUGGUGCGGGGAGGAGAGCCAGCCUGCACCACACGGCCUCGCCCUUGAGGGUGCAGCGCAACGGGGCCGGCUCGCACUCCGCCACCUCCGACUAUGAGCUCUCGCUUGACCUCAAAAAUAAGCAGAUCGAAAUGCUAGAGCACAAAUACGGUGGCCACCUCAUCUCCCGCCGUGCUGCCUGCAAGAUCCAGACUGCCUUCCGCCAGUACCAGCUCAGCAAGAACUUCGAGAAGAUCCGUAAUUCACUGCUGGAGAGUCGCCUGCCUCGACGCAUCUCCCUGCGCAAGGUCCGUGUCCAAAACACGGAGGGUUUCUCUGCUGAACGGGCCCUGGCAGAAGGCUGUAACUUGGCAGGCAUCCCAUUGGUGCGCUCACCAUCUCUGCCUGCCACAGUCGGUGGCACCCUGACCGACCUGGAAGACUCAUUCACUGAACAGGUCCAGUCACUGGCAAAGUCCAUAGACGAUGCACUCAGCAACUGGAGCCUGAAGACCAUGUGUUCACUGCAAGAAGGCGGCACUUAUCAGUUCAGUGCCGACUCCUUCAGUGCAGCAGCAGCAGCCGCAGCGGCUGCAGGAGUAGGAGGUGGCGGAGAAGGAGGUGGUGUGGGAGAGUCAACAAUUCAUCAAGGCGUGGUGGACCCAAGUGACCUGUCGAGAAGUGCAAGCAAGCUAAUGAUGGCGUUUCGAGAUGUGACCGUGCAGAUCGACAGCCAGAACUUCUGUGUUUCAUCCUCAGUCAUGGAAUCGUCCACUUCUGUCACACUCGGCAGCUGCGUCCAACAAGACCAAGCCUCCACCACUGUCACGACCACCUCCACAACAGCAAACUCCACCCCAGUCUUUGUCCCAUCUGGCCCCUCACAAGAACCCCCUCCUCCCCCUGCAGAGGUCCCAGCUGAACCCAUAGAUCCCCCACCGCCCCCCCAAGAACCCCCACCACCCCCCCUAGAUUCAGAUUUUGAAGUAGGCGACCAGGAUGAUGAAUUCCCUGCUCCUCCUCCAAGUGAGGAAGAGCUAGUGGAGGAGGAUCAACCCCCCCUAACCCCUCUGGAAAAGAUGGCUGCCUUUCAAAGCCCAGAGAAAAUUGUGGUGGUGGCCCCACCACCCACAGAACCCCCUCAAGCCCCUCCACCGCAGGAGGCCAUGCCAUUGGAGAGCUCUCCUGUGGUGGUGCCCCUGGGAGUGAAGAGAUGUGGCUCUGAGACGGCAGAUAACAGCUCGGAGCAGAUGAGCAGCAGCAGCACGUCCACAGAGGCACGCUCCACAUCUGAGGCCUCGUCCAAAGAGGCACUGCAGGCUAUGAUCCUCAGCCUGCCACGCUACCACUGUGAGAACCCCGCCAGCUGUAAAUCACCCACGUUGUCCACUGACGUCAUGCGAAAACGCCUCUACCGCAUCGGCCUCAACCUCUUCAAUGUAAACCCCGACAAGGGCCUUCAGUUCCUGAUCUCACGAGGCUUCAUCCCAGACACACCCAUCGGCGUGGCCCACUUCCUGCUCCAGAGGAAGGGACUGAGUCGACAGAUGAUUGGAGAGUUCCUCGGCAACAGCAAGAAGCCCUUCAACAGAGAUGUUCUAGACUGUGUCGUGGAUGAGAUGGACUUCUCCGGCAUGGAGCUGGACGAGGCACUGAGAAAGUUUCAGGCCCACAUUCGUGUCCAGGGAGAAGCCCAGAAGGUGGAACGUCUCAUCGAAGCCUUCAGCCAGCGCUACUGCAUGUGUAACCCCGACGUGGUGCAGCAGUUUCACAACCCGGACACCAUCUUCAUCCUGGCCUUCGCCAUCAUUCUGCUCAACACCGACAUGUACAGUCCCAACAUCAAGCCCGACCGCAAGAUGCUGUUGGAGGACUUCAUACGCAACCUGCGAGGCGUGGAUGAUGGAGCGGAUAUCCCACGAGACAUGGUGGUGGGAAUCUAUGAAAGAAUACAACAGAGGGAGUUGCGGUCUAACGAAGACCACGUCACCUACGUCUCCAAGGUUGAGCAGUCCAUUGUAGGCAUGAAGACGGUUCUCUCUGUCCCUCACAGAAGACUGGUGUGCUGCAGUCGACUGUUUGAGGUGACAGACGUCAACAAGGCCCAAAAACAGGCAGCACACCAGAGAGAAGUCUUCCUCUUCAAUGAUCUCAUUGUGAUCUUGAAGCUUUGUCCAAAGAAGAAGAGUUCUGCAGCCUACACUUUCUGCAAAGCUAUGGGCCUACUUGGCAUGCAGUUCCACCUGUUUGAAAAUGAAUACUACCCUCACGGCAUCACCAUCCUCUCACCUUUCGGCUCAGACAAGAAGCAGGUACUUAAUUUCUGUGCCCAAAGUGCUGAGGAGCUGCUCAAGUUUGUAGAAGACCUGAAGGAAUCAAUCGCAGAGGUGUCGGAGAUGGAGCAGAUACGCAUUGAAUGGGAGCUGGAAAAGCAGCAGGGAGCCAAGACACACUCAGUAAAGAACAAUGGCACACAGCUAGAGCUGCGUGGCAAACAGGGCUCCCCAUCAGGAAACCAGGAGGUAGAUGAGAGAAGCGGCCACAAUGCAGUAGAGGUGUCAAUUCACAACAGGCUUCAGACGUACCAGCUCAGCAGCACGGCUCGGAGUCCCGAGAGCGUGGCCCUUCUUAACCACCGGGGGGAGCUGCUUUUCCAGCAGGGGCCCCAGGGGCUAAUCCAGGGGCCGGCGCCUCCACCUCAGCACCCGCAGCUGCAGUCAGCGGCGAGCACCCCCGCCCACCACCUUCACCUCCAGCAGCACCACCAGCCCGCUGUCAGCAUGGCUGAUCUGCGGCCUGAGACACUCAUCCAGUGUCAACAGAUCGUCAAGGUCAUCAUGCUCGACAACAGCGGCCACGGACGCAUGGAGGCAUUCCUCAGCCAAACGCCCACACACCACCACUACCAGCAUCACCACCACAGCCACCACCAGCUCAGUCAGUCGGCCAUGUCCACCCCUGUCCGCUCCCCGGACGGCUCCCACGGCAGCGACGGUCACCAGCCACCGCUGCCUCCCCCACCCCCACCUUAUAACCACCCACACCAGUAUAUACCCCCAGACCCCCGCCUCAGUCUACACCGGACCCCAAGUGGCUCUCGGAGCAUGGUGUAAAUAGAUCAAUUAGUAUUAUUUCCCUAAAACACUCACACACCCACAUCGAACCCCACCCCUUCUCUACCUAUUUAACAGUACAUAAUGUACAUAUAUACAUACUGAAGAAAGAGCUAUAAUGAAAAAAUGAAAUCACACUUAUAUGCAUAUAUUUAAAGAAAAAAUAACUAAAUGAAAAAUCAAGGUUUUAAAAGAGAUAAGGAGAAAUAAAGUGCAUAUAUAAAGUUUUACUUGAUUCCACAUGUAUUUUGAAAUAUUAUGUAGUUUUAACAAAUUUCUAUAACUUUUUGUCAGUUUUAACUCUUGCUAGAGAAAAACUCACAGAUGUUCAGUUUCUGGAUGGAUUCCUUGUAGUUCCAGUAUUCUCCACCACCACCAACAACAACAACAACAACAACAACAAGAGAAAUAACGUGAAUCCUUGAAACCUGUUUUUUUUUUUGUUUUUUUUUAAUUGCUCCAGUAAUGGAUGGACACGCUCCAAGGACCUUCCGCUUCUGUUCGCUUUUAUCAUCCCAAAGCUCAUGCCUACUGUGCUGUAUGUGCGCGUGCGUGCAUAGCUGACACUUACUGAAAAACAUGUGCCAAAAUACAUACGCCUCCACUAAACACUGACUUCUUUGCACUUGACUAAACGCUAGGGCUAGAAGAAAAGAGAGAAAAAAAAAACUCCUCCUUUGCUUUGAGAAAUAGUCAUUUCACGCUUUUCCCUCAAGGAGCACAAAAAAAAAUGAAUAACAAAACUGAUAUCUCAUUUAAAAAAAAAAAAGCUAUCUCCCCAUUUGCUCUGUUGCUGAUUUAUUUAUGUGAUGGAGAGCCGUCUCUCUUCUUCUCUGCUCCCCUGGAUAAAGAAAAAAAAACAAACAAAAACGACAUCCUCCGAUAAACUGUGUUUGUCAUCUGCCCCUCUGUUGUGUUGUGGCUCUCUAUCAUCAGAAAACACUCUCACUCAGUUGUCACUCUCCAUAGAUCACUCUACAGUGAAGGAUGACAGGAAACAAAAGGCAACCAAUCACACGGAUUGUUGCCAGACCAAAACAUCAACCCAGGAUGGUUCUGUUUAUUGUUGUUUGUCUUUUACUCUUCAUAUUUAAUAUUGUUAACGCUUCCCAUGACUUCUUGCCUCAUUAAUCUGCAGAUGGAGGGAAAGUUUCCCAUAUUUUGAAAUUAGUUUGAGCUGCUGAAACUGCUGUUGGACUUUUCUAAAACUACUACAAUUCAGCGUUUAGAUGUAAUAUAUGUGCAACACACAGUGCGGUCAUCUGUUGUUUAUGAAAUGCUUCUUCACUUUUUCAGGAAAUCACCAUGAAUUUCCAUGAAGAUGCUCCUGCUACAAACGUUAAAUGUCAAGAUCUGUGUUUGUUUUAAUUUGUGUGAAGCAUUAUUCCACUUUUGUGUGUUUCCCCGUCAGUGGAUAAACGCAGAACUGAGUCCGCCCACAAGACAUCCAAGACGCUGUCUCUGUUAUGUCGCUACAACUCCCAGGUUUUGUUCCAGCUCCUUGCUUCCCUCCUAACCUUUCUGUCUGACAUUUUCAAAAAGGCAAAAACUACAAAGGCACACACACAGCUUAUAUUGCAAAUGCUGGCAUAAAUGGUAUUGUUUGUGCUGUUGGCUAGCCUGCUUUAAAUAAGAAUGGGACAAAAAAGAAUUCAUUAUCUGAUCUUUCUCUGUCACCCAAGCCUAGAUUGUAAAUAUCACAUUCAAGCAGUGUCGGAAAGGAGAAGCGAGCUACCUUUAGCCCCUUCAAAAUGCUAUUGCCCCGUCAUGCGUCCUUCAUUCUGUAAUAGGUCAACUGCCACCCCAGCCUGAAUGCGUCCAUCUUUUAAACAUAAGCCCCACCAGGUACUGUGGAAUGGAUGUUCGGUUAACUCUGCUCCCAUCUGACCCCCAUCUGUCCGAUUUGUUGAUUUAUAAUCACAGAGCCACUGUGGGGAGGUCUCUAUCUCAUCUCUCUGUCCUUUUCCACUCACGAUUUCACCCAGUGGAAAGACACAGGUUGCAGAAAAGAAUCAGUCUGUUGUUCUGGCUGGCAGAGACAAUGAGUGUGUGUGUGUGUGUGUGUGUGUGCGCGUGUGUGUGCGUGUGUGUGUGUGUGUGUGUGUGACCUGCUCACAGUAGAAUCUUUAUUUACCCUUGAACAAAUCCGACCUCUUUUCUUUUUCCUCCCAGUAAUUGCUUUUCUCAGUAUUAUAUUACACAAUAAGAAGAAUUUCAAAAUGAAUGAAGACGACAUUAUGAUUACUGUCAUAUUUUUACUGGCUGUGAACAAACUUUUGAAGGUUGAUAAAUUUUAGCACACAACAGUUAUGGAUUUUACAUCAUGAUGGAUGAUGAUUGCUCGAUUAUUUCUUUAAAUUAACUUUCUGAUACAAAGUUAUUCUUUCUUUCAUGCAUGACAUCAGCUCGGAGGCCGAUUGAACUCUGAUUCGCAGAAGUCUUGAAUUUAUUUGUGCAUGACUGAUUUUGAUGUGACCUCACUAGUCGGAGAUGAAGAUAAAAAUAAUAAGAAUAAUAGAACGAAUAAUAAAUAUAUUAAUUCAUGAUAGCAAACACCCGUUCAGGAACAGGAAGUGGAUAUGUUUCUGUGCCUCAUGGUGGCGAAUUCGACACAUCGUGGCCAUUUUUAUUCCCCUGUCUUUCAUUGCCCUUUGUAUGAUUGCACAGUUUUUCCUACUUGACAAUGUGUUUUUGGGAGAUAGACAUGCUGUGUGUGCAAUAAAGAAAAACAUAUGAGGCACACUGAAAGUCACAGGUUUAUGCUUGAAAGGAAAACCAAUGUAGCAUUUCUGGAGUGCAGCGUAUGAGAUGGAAGCGCAGUAGUGGCUAACUUUCAUAAAGAAACCGACAAAAGGGCUCUGCCAUACCAGUGCACUGCUUCAUGAAUGACAUGUGGAUCUUGUCUGGCUCUUCAACACUGUGUUUGCUCAUACUAGUUUAAAAAAAAAAAAAGGAAAAAAAAGUCAAAAAGUGGACAUAUUUAGGGAUGGACAAAUGGAAACUGAGUGUAACAGAUAUGAUCCAUCGCUUCCCUCAGUUGACUUUGAAUCCCUCUCUACCUGUCUUUGCAGUAUAUCAACAUGCUAUUAAAGAUGAUUUAAGUCUA